AUGGGCCAGUCACCGUCCUCAACGGCCCCCGCGCUCAGCAGCCUCAGCUCCGACCCCGACCCUAACCCUGACCCCGAUGAUGGCCACUUGGCAGCCAAGUCGAAGGCCGUGAUCUGGCUGGUGCUCGGGGAGGCUGCCGAUGAGUGCGCCACCCUUGAUCUCUCCCUCUCCAUCUUUGAUCUCCCUGACGAGUGCCUAGCCUGCGUCUUCAAGUACCUAGGCUCUGGUGACCCGGGCCAGUGCUCCCUCGUGUGCCGCCAUUGGCUCGCGAUCAAAGGCCAGAGCCACCAAAGGCUCGCCCUCUACGCCCACUUGGAGCUGCUAGAUGUGCCGCAGACUACCCAAAGUAACCCCGCUCUCUCUCUCUCUCUCUCUCUCUCUCCACUCGAGAAGUUCGCCGCCGAUGGAGAACGACGGGGAGGCGGCGGCGGCGGCGGCGGUGGCGGCGGCGACGGCGACGUCGCAUCAGGCGGAGCCCGGCAGGGGCGCCGGAGGAAAGAUGAGGAGGCCUCCGAACCGCAACCCGCGGGCCACGCCCUAUGCCCGCCCAAUUCGAGCAAACCUCAGGCCGUUGCCGUCGGCGGCGGGGGCGGUGGCGGCUGGUUGUCGAAGCUGGUGGAUCCGGCGUACCGCCUGAUCUCCGGCGGCGCCACCCGCAUAUUGCCCUCGCUUUUCUCGAGGUCUGUCGCUCCUCCUCUCCAUGACGACGACGACGACGACGAUAAGUUGAAGAGAGAGAUUGAUCAAGAUGUUAGAGGAGUAACCAUGAAGGCAAUUCAGAUGAUAUUGCAUGAGGUCUUUGUUGUUCUGGUUGACUGGGUUCAUUCUGAAAUACUGGGUUUAUCAAGAUCAGCCAAAGUAGAAAAUGCUGUUGUGUCUGAUCUACCAAAAAGAAUUGUGUUUGAUGGGUACAAAGAAUUCAAAACAACAGAAAACAAAGUAACUGACCCUCCAAAAGAUGGUACCUUUCCUGAAAUUGAGCAGCUGAUUAGAGGAAAAAUGUUCUCCAGCGAUGAAAUUAGUCGUCUGACUGAGUUAUUAAAAUCAAAGUCUGUUGAUCCACCAAAGAUGAAGGAAAGGGAGAACAACUCUGAAAUGAAUGCUGUGGGUGAAGUUGAGGUCCGUGCAAUUGUGCCUCACAUUCCAAGCAAAACAAAUGGGGGAGUGCAGGGAGUUUUGAACAGAGCUCUAUGGGAAGUUUCAACGCCCUUCAUCAUUCAAAUAGUACACAGGCAUAAGGCCAAUGAAUUCAAGCAACUUGUAAAGAAUGCCAUUGUUGUUUUAGAUAAAACUGGUAAUGUUGGUUCUGACGAUACUUAUGGUGCUCUGAAAACUCUGCAGUUACGUGAUGAAAUCGGUGCUUCACCUGCCGACAUUGCUAGAGCAUACAUGGGAAGUCGAGCAUCAGAAUCCAUCGCUCUACCCAAGUCAUCUCUAUGCUGGCCUGGUUCAGUAGUACAAGAUCAGUAUUUGACCCCACAGACUCAAAGAGGCAGACACGCGACUCCAAAUUUCCGCAGAACCCCAUAUUCAAGACCUGUACAUUCUAUGUCCAAGUCUAUGGUUAGAUUCAGAAAUGAUGAAUUGCAAGGUGACCAUGGAUCCAUAGGACCCAUUCGUAGUUCAAGGCAAAAGUUCAUCACUGGAAGUGCCCAAAAAUUUAGUAGUUUUCCUUCUUUAGUUGGUUCUUCCCAGAGGGAAAGAACUGACUUCCGCAUGCCUUCUUUUCCUGCCUUCAACAAGAAUAUGGGGGCUGGAGGAACAAGUAGCAGUUCAAAACCUCAAUCAGUGGAAAACAAGUCACUAAAUUUUGAGGUUGGUGUCUCAACUGUUCCCACACAUUCUAUUCAGAUGGCUAGAAAGAUACUGGAGCAUCUUGAUAGAAGCAUUCCAACUCCCAAGGAUAAGGCUGCAGAGUUGAAGCAAGCCACUUUGAGGAAAAAAUCUGAGUCUUCUGAUGUUGCUCAUUCAAUGUCGAGUAGCGGUAAUUUAUCAUAUCUGUCUGCUUCUGUUAAAUAUGGCAAAGCAGACGAGACUAACCAGAUGAAUGCCGCUCUUUCAAAUGGAGGUACAGGAACUCCAUUUUUUAGAGUUCCAGCGGAAGAGAAUGUUAACAAAACUGCUAAUGCUGCAAAAGGACACUUGUCCAGUUUUGAUGAAGAUAUUUGCAAUGCUAUCCCGGUUCCUGGAGUUAAUGACACUGCUUCACUAGACUCUGGUGUGGCUGACAAGUUUGUCUCCAAGAGGACAGAUAAGGAUGUCUCCAAGGAACUUCCAAGGUUUUCAUACUCUCGUGGACAUAUGAUACCAAAGAAACCGGCUUCAGGAUCUAAAGCAGCUCUUCCGUAUAUUUCCAUUGAUAAGCCUCAAGUAAGGGCUGCGGUUUCUUCUGAUAAUAGCGCUGGGUUUACAUUUCCCAUUUCUGCUUCGCCUGGGAUGUUUCCUGAGCCACCAACACCGUCCAUCAUGCCUCCCUCUUUUGUCGAUAGUCUGGAUCAACCAAAAGAGGAUUCUGCCAUUCCCUCUUACAAGUUCGGUCUGAGGAGGUCUUCACCUGCCCUUAUCUUUUCUUUCCCUUCAACAAGCAAUGCCUCAAUUCCCAGUGACGCCUCAGAUCUGAAAUUUAAUUUUGGAUCCGAUAAGAAGAGGAUUUCUUUUAGUUCAGUCGGAAAAGAUGCCAUUUGCUUUUAAGUGUAAGACAUAUCUUUGGGUUACCUUCAUCGAAUUUCUUUAUUUUUCUCCUUUUCAAAGAGAGAGUUUACCCGGCCAUUUGAAUCUAUUUUCUACUUAGUUUGUGGUCAUAGGACCUUGAUUGAACAUGCCACAUGGGUGCAUUUCAGAGCCACAAAAUUGGCCUUUUAUAUAUUGUUAAUGUGGUCUAUGGGGUUAUCGAUGCUUGAUCAAA